AUUUAGUUAAUUUUACAUUUAUUAGAUAAAUUUGUUUGAAAAAUAUUUAUUAAAAUUAUUCUUACAACGGCGUAUAAAUGUGCUGGGUAUUGUUACCGUAUUGCCUUUAUUGUCAUGGCGAUGAAAAAUUUACACAUUAGUUUUGAUUUCACAUUUUCUGGGCAAAAUGUUAAUUAAUAAUUUACCAAUUUUAUUAAAAUUAUUUUUAUUUUUGGGUUUAUUUCGGGCACUAAAGUUGCUGUGAAGAAGGAAGAUAUUUGUAACGGAAUUUCUCAGGGAAUCCUUUCACUCAUUAAUGACCACCAAAAUUUGGAUAAUCGAUCACUUGUUACAGCUGUUUUGAAUAAAGAUACUCUCAAACUUCUCAAGGGAAAUGAGGAGUAUAUGAAGAUUGACUUGAUGAGUGUAUCACCGCCGAUAUUAAUCUUGCCAAACUCAAAUGAGUGUUUUAAAAUACACUCAAACAAGGACCAAAUAAUCCUCUGUUCGUUUAACGAGUAUUCGAGAAACUCUUGGUGGAUGCAGAUAACUAAGCAAAUACUUUGUAAUAACAGAGGCGAUGUCAGAAAUGAAGUCUACGGCGAAUCCUCAAUCGAAGAACAAGCCGAAGAUUUGGAGCAUUUGGUGAAUAAAAAUGAGAAAAAGGGAAUUAAUAUACACAUUGACGGGACGGAAUCUCAACUACCCCAAAUUAAAGUGCAUUACAAAGCUUGAUUCCAACCUUCAACACAUUUUCAACA